AUGACGGAACUUGACUUGGUUAAUCGGGAUCCCAACAAUAUAAAUGAUCACCUGAGGGUUCAGUUUGAAGAUGUUUUGGGUGAGCCAGAAGGAGCUCGCAGUAUUGAUUGCGUGUGGAAACUUUCCUACAAAUGUUUCUCCUUUUGGAAAUCCCUUUGUUACGUCAUCAUGACGACAUGCUGUGGAAUAUGCCUCGCAGCAGAAUGGGGAUGCCAGUUUUCCUACAUCUCCUUUUUACACGUCUGGUACAUAACUCCAUGCUUCAAGAUCUUGGAAUUGAAUUGUGGAUUCCUUCAGAAGCUUUAUGGUCUCUGUAUCCAUUGUUGUCUCGACCCCAUGUGUGAAGCUUGCGGACUGAUAUUUCACAAGUUCCAGAGGAAAUGAUCUUGGAUCCUCUCCAGACUUUGGUUGAGAACAGACGUUUUACUUUAACUGUAAAAAUGUUUUGCUUCCUGUGAAACUAUUAAAUAAAUCUUGCUGUAAUUCAUCUUAGCUAGCCAAGAGUACGGUUUGUUGGA